CAAACUAAUUUUGCUCAGUAAGACAAUAACAAUAACAAGCCUCUCACAGAGAAAGAGAGAGAGAUAGAUCAAGAUGUUCUUCCACAUAGUAUUGGAGAGGAACAUGCAGUUGCAUCCUCGAUUCUUUGGUCGAAACCUUCGUGAAAACCUCGUUUCUAAGCUCAUGAAAGAUGUCGAAGGCACUUGCAGUGGCCGUCAUGGGUUUGUAGUGGCGAUAACAGGAAUAGAGAGCAUAGGAAAGGGUUUGAUCCGGGAUGGGACUGGUUUCGUCACCUUUCCAGUUAAAUACCAAUGCGUUGUUUUCAGACCUUUCAAAGGCGAGAUUUUGGAAGCUGUUGUCACUUUGGUCAAUAAGAUGGGAUUCUUCGCUGAAGCAGGCCCUGUUCAGAUUUUUGUGUCUAAGCAUUUGAUUCCAGAUGAUAUGGAGUUUCAGGCUGGAGACAUGCCUAACUAUACCACAUCAGAUGGAUCAGUUAAGAUCCAGAAAGAAUGUGAAGUGAGACUAAAGAUUAUUGGAACAAGAGUUGAUGCCACUGAGAUUUUUUGCGUGGGUACCAUUAAAGACGAUUUUUUGGGAGUCAUAAACGAUCCUGCAGCCGCAUAGAAGUCUCGGGCCGAUUUUCGAUUUUGUUCUUCUUUCUUUACAGAGAAGCUGCUUUGUGAUAAAAUUGUAAUAUAGUCCCAUAAAAGUUGAAGUUUUGGAUCCUUUUAACCGGAAGCUUGUGGGAUUUAACUUAAUGCAAGUUUAGUGAACUUUGUAAUCUGUUCAAAAUUGUUGUCAUGACGAUUUAGAUAAACAAUAUAGUACCGAGUUGUGAAAACAAUACUACAUAUCUCAAUGAAAAUUGUAUCUUUAAUUUGAUUUUAAA